CAUAUCUACGGAAGCGCCUCUUGCAGACUGCUGCUGCAAGACAGACACCCCCCCCCCAACAACAACGUCGGUAGCUAGUUAGCACGAGCAACCAGUAAUCAAUGCAGCAAGGGUAGCGCAUGGCAUCAAAUUUGGAUGGAAAAUAAUUCCGGCAGAGGCAGAUUAACUUGCUUUUGACGACACAUCUGGGGGGAAACCUGAAAGCGUCCUCUCCCGGUGCCUCUCUCGACUCCCUCCUAAUCUCGUCGAGAUGUCAGCUUUCUCCGAGGCUGCUUUAGAAAAGAAACUCUCCGAGCUUAGCAACUCCCAGCAAAGUGUGCAGACGUUGUCGCUGUGGCUUAUCCACCACAGAAAACACUCGAAGACCAUAGUCAAUGUUUGGUUCAACGAACUGAAGAAAGCUCAGGUAUCACGCAAGCUGACCUUCCUUUACUUGGCCAAUGACGUCAUUCAGAACAGCAAGAGGAAAGGACCAGAGUUCACCCAGGACUUUGUGCCGGUCAUCGUCGAUGCAUUCAAACAUGUGUCCAGAGAGGGCGAGGAGGGCUGUAAGAAACAGCUGGGUCGGGUUUUGUCCAUCUGGCAGGAGAGAGCGGUUUAUGAGAACAACCUCCUGGAUCAGCUCUCACAAGUCCUAUAUGGAGAAAAGAAGGCUAAGAAGAGGUCGUAUGAAGAAAUCCAACCAGAUGACGAGGGCUUCGCUUCUCAGAGCUCCCCAGCUGAACCUCCACAGACGGCCGAGUUAAUUCGAGCUCUGCAGGAGCUGGAGAACGCAGCCUCUGGCGACUCAGUGUUACGUCAGCGCAUCUCCUCCCUCCCUGCUGAGGUGCAGGACACAUCACUGCUUCACAGGAUCACAGAUAAAGAAUCAGGGGAGCGUCUUUCCCGGCUGGUGGAGGAGGCCUGCAUGCUGCUAGCAGACUACAGCGGCCGCCUGGCGGCAGAGAUCGACGACAGGAGGCAGCUCACGCGCACACUCAUGGUCUUCCUGCAGAGCCAGAAGGACGGCUUGGCCCAGAAUGAGCAGAAACUUGAAGAAUACAAACGCAAACUGGCACGGGUGUCCCAGGUCCGGAAGGAGCUGCGGUCGCGUCUGAACAAUCUCCCAGAAGGACUCUACAAUUCUUCGAACUGACUGAAGCUACCUGUCUUCACCACAUGCCCUCCUGCUACUGAAACAUCCCAGCCUGUCUCUUCGAUACGUGGAUCAGGGGCCUCGCCACAGUCCACUGUUCAGGACUUUGAAAAGAAUCUCUUUGUUUUCCCUGUAUGGUGACCUGUUUAUCCUUUAUCAUCGGGAAUGUCUUUAUUUCUGUCGCUGAAGCUCAUCUCUUAGACUAAAACACUGUAAAUUAAGAUUUGUAAAGAUCGGAAACAGGUCUCUCAUGCUUUGCCAUCCCGACCCCCGCCAUCUAACAUUUACAGCUUUAAAGUGGUGUGGCUGAUGCUGGUGUGAUAUUUUUGUAUUUGCAGUGUCUCAAGAUGCCGCACCAGAUUAUACCCAUUUUGUGUGAUCACUCAUGAUAAUUUGCAGUGUUUACAUUUGCUGUUCCUUGUACUGUUAACAUUUGUCUUAGUUACAGUUUUUCCUUUGCAGUGAUCGUUCAAGCUGAAAAUCAUUGAUUUUAUGCAGUGAGAUCAUUAGAAAACCAGGUUCCUCAAAGCAGCCUAUGUAUUAUUUUCAUUAAGCUUUUUCUUAGUGAAAGAAGUGUGUAAAUCAUCUCUUGUAUGUUUUCAUGUUUGCAUGUAAAUACGGUGGAGUUAUAUCUGCUCAUAAGUGCUUAUGAUUUGUAUCUGUGCCGACAUGGAUGUGAAAUGGUCACUCAAACAAAUUACUGAGGUAUCUCCUACCUCCUCUGGGCUGAAAUAAUCAGUGAAGUGAAGAUGCAAGUUUUUUCUCCCCGUUAUAUUUAUUGUAUUGCUUCAUAGUUUUAUUCCUAAAUCUCCUAAAGGCUGUGCUGAUGCCUCCCACAGCUUGAGAAGUGCCCCAUUUUCCAAAGCUGAAAGAUGAAAAAAAGAACCGUUUGUCAUUGUAAAUAUGAAGCAAAUGCUUCUUAGAACCAAAUAAACCAAAUACACAAAU